AUGGCAGGAUUAAAGACAUUUGAUGCGUUUCCUAAGACUGAAGAACAGUACAAGAAGAAGUCUACCAAAGGUGGUUUGACAUCUUUGCUAACAUAUAUUUUCCUGCUAUUUAUAGCAUGGACAGAAUUCGGUGACUAUUUCGGUGGUUAUAUCGACCAACAAUACACAGUGGACAAUCAAGUUAGAGAAACUGUUCAGAUCAAUAUGGAUAUAUAUGUUAAUACGAAAUGUGAUUGGCUGCAUAUCAACGUUAGAGACCAAACGAUGGAUAGGAAGGUUGUAUCAGAGGAACUACGAUUGGAAAAUAUGCCUUUCUUUAUUCCUUAUGACACAAAAGUAAAUGAUAUUAAUGAAAUUAUCACGCCUGAAUUGGAUGAAAUCUUGGGGGAAGCUAUCCCAGCACAAUUCAGGGAGAAACUAGAUACUAGGGCAUUUUUCGAUGAAAAUGAUCCAAAUAAGGCACAUUUACCGGACUUCAAUGGUUGUCAUAUAUUUGGGUCCAUUCCAGUCAAUAGGGUUAGUGGUGAAUUGCAGAUCACAGCGAAGGGUUUAGGCUAUAUCGAUGCUCGAAGAGCACCACUGGAAGAUUUAAACUUUGCACAUGUCAUCAAUGAGUUUUCUUUUGGUGAUUUCUUCCCAUAUAUCGAUAACCCAUUGGAUAACACUGCGCAAUUUAAUAAGGAUGAACCUUUAACUGCUUAUGUGUAUUACACAUCUGUUGUUCCAACCCUUUUCAAGAAAUUAGGGGCAGAAGUGGACACAAAUCAGUAUUCUGUUAACGACUACAGGUAUCUAUAUAAAGGUUCGAGCACUAAAGGCGGUAGUAUGCCGGGCAUAUUCUUCAAGUACAACUUUGAGCCAUUAUCUAUUGUUGUUUCUGAUGUUCGCCUAAGCUUUACACAAUUUUUAGUGAGAUUGGUAGCAAUAUGCUCGUUUCUGGUUUACUGUGCUUCGUGGAUUUUUACAUUACUGGAUAUGGCCCUUAUUACCAUCAUGGGACCGAAGUGGUCAUUACGUUAUCAGCCAGAGGAUAAAACUAAGGGUAUUUUAAAUAGGUAG